CACGCGUACAUUAACACUCGUACAUAUUUAUUCUGCUUGGAUUCCAUUUGGGUCAAUUGUACAUAUUGUAAGAGAUAGAACAGGAUGGCGGCGAGCAUACAGUCUAUCAAGGCGGGUUGUCGGAAGGUCAUGUGCAUAGGCCGGAACUAUGCCGACCACAUCGCGGAGCUCAACAGCGCGCGCCCCAAACAGCCCUUCUUCUUCCUCAAGCCCCCCUCCUCCAUCCUGCUCCCGGGCGCAGGCCCCGUCCUCCGCCCCCGUGGCGUGACCAUGCACUACGAAGUCGAGCUCGGGCUGGUCAUGGGUAAGACGGUGCGCGAUCUCGAUCCGGAAGAUACCAAGGGGGCCAUGGACGCGAUUGCAGGCUACCUCCUCGCCAUCGACAUGACAGCUCGCAACGUGCAAGACGAAGCAAAGAAGAAGGGCCUCCCCUGGUCCAUCGCCAAAGGCUUCGAUACCUUCAUGCCCGUGUCAAAUCUCAUUGCCAAGUCGCGGAUCCCCAAUCCGCAGAACGCGCACAUAUGGCUGUCUGUUAACAAUGAGGUCAAGCAGUCUGACAACACGGAGCUGAUGCUUUUCCGGAUUCCGCGGCAGCUGAGCGACAUCAGUCGUGUGAUGACGCUGGAGGCGGGUGAUAUUAUUUUGACGGGGACGCCGAAGGGGGUGGGGCCGGUCAAGACGGGGGAUAUUAUGAGGGCGGGAUUGAAGGUUGAUGGGAAGGAUAUUGAGGAGGCGAAUCUUGAGGUGCCGGUGGCUGAUCGAGAGAAUCUGUACGAGUUUAAAGAGACGUAGGAUGUAGGGAAGCUGGUGAAGAAAAUAUCAAGAAUGUCUGCCUGGUUCAAACUUGAUGUGUGGACGUGCUUCUACGUGUUCAUUCAUCUGGAACAGGGGGCAGCCGACGUGGUUUCGUCUUCAACCCCUUCGUAGUUCUAGAGGUGCUGCCAUAGACCGGACCCGCCGUCUUCUGUGGCUGCUGGGUCUGGUCCCAUCCAAGCUCAUAAAAUGUGGCAUUGGCUGACCUUCGACGACUCCUCCGGGCUGGCUGUUGCUGCUGUUGCUUCUCCCGUGAUUUGCCUUGGUCUUUUUGGGCUGGGUUGACCUGUUGGCGUGAGGAAGACGCCACAUGAGGCUCUUUGGCAGGUCUCGGUGUUGAGAUUGGGGAGCCUGAUCGCUUCUUGCUCAUACUGGCCGGGAGUUUGACUACCUUGCUGGGUAACGGUUUUGGUGCUGGUUUGGGUCCCCGAUUGGCGACGAUUGGGGGCUGCAUCUUGGG